AUGCCAAACAGGGAGAGCAAUCACAAGAAAGCAGCAUGCCACAACUGCAUCAAGAGACGAAUCAUCUGUGAUAAGACUGGAGAUUCUUGCCACAAAUGUGCCAAGAAGAAUCUGGCUUGUCCCGGUUACGGAAUAAGGUACCGGUUCGCUAAAGAGACGACUAGCUCGAGCGUACCGUCGCCGACACCUUCGGAGGGGCAGCAAGGCGGGUUGAAACACCAGAGGAACAUCCGUCAGUGGAUUGAAUAUUCGGGAGAAUCAGUGGCGGCUGGAUCACGGCCGUCAAAAACACCACCAGCAGCUGGAUACGGGGGAAGUUCGUUGAUAACCGCUUCCUCAUACCUCUCGCAAGCCACAAUACCGAGGGCAUUAUCAGAGUUGGACCCCAGGACUCGUUGCUACUUCCUGCACUUUGCUGUACAUGUUUCCCAUUUCAUGGUGAUCUUCGACGACGAAGCAAAUGGAUACCGGCACCACGUAUUGCCCAUGGCGCACAGUGAUCCCCUCGUCCAAAAAGCCGUGUGCAUCGUAUCCGCCUUCCACCUGUCGGCCAAGCACCCGCGGCUUCGUCCUCCCGCCGAGGUCGUGAGGGCCGAUCUGAUCCGACGGCUCUCCCGAUCGGCGGCGGUGAAACCCGAUCUUAGCGAGACCGCGUGGGCGACCCUCCUUUUGCUCACCAUGGCCGAUCUCAUAACGGGCCACGAGGACGUUACCUCGCUAAUGGUGAUCCUGAACACGUUUGUCGACGCCCGCGGACCUCCCAAGGAAUCCGCAAGCGGGUUGGAGAAGUUUUUGUAUUUCCAAUCUUCCGUGCUAGGAUUCUUCCGGCGUCCGUUCUCGCCUCCGGGCCCGCGCCCGCUGCCGCCGCAGCGGCUGCUCAGCCACCCGGUGGCCACGUUCGAGGCGUACACGCAGGGGCUGCACAACUGCCAGAAGCACGAGGCGCCGCCGCUGUACAAGGGCGAGGCGUACGCGUCGCGCUUCCCGCUGUACGAGGAGGCGUUCCGGCUCGCGGGCGAGAUCUACACGGCGCGCAUGGAGGCUGUCGACCCGCGGCCCGCCUUGUGCGGCGGCCACGACGACCGCCACUUCCGCUGCAUGAAGGAGCACGUCCGCCGCAUCCGCGCCCUGUGCGAGCAGAUCGACCCCGCGGAGCAGGGGACGCAUGUCAUCUCUUGGCCGAUUUUCGUCGCGGCUAUGGAGAGCUGCAGCGAGAGCGAUCGCGAGUUCUUCGCUGCGGCGCUGAGGAGGAUCUGGGAGCGGUGCGGGUACGCGAAUAUCUCGCGCGGCUUGGAGACGUUGCCGGAGCUGUGGGAUAAGAGUCGGAAUAGGAGUUGGACGUCGGUUAUGGGCGAUUAUAAGGGUUUGGUCGUGUGUUGA